CGUAUUUGCAGUGAUGUUCGAGCUGUGGUGAUUUUGUAAGUAGUUCACGAAAUUAAAUUCCGCAGGUCAAACCGCCCACCAAUUGGUAUUGGAUUUUGAUUACAGAUUUGCCAAUUCCAUUGUACUCAGGGAAUGACUACGUGAAAAUAACUGAGUACGUAUCUUAUCCGAACAAGAUAAACAUUUUGCAAUAACUAAUUACUGGAAUUAUAUCUCGCCGUCAUUUCCUGGACAACGGCAACUGGCUUAUCAAAGAAGUAAAACAUUCAUUAUACAAAUACAGCAUUUUUGUACCUACUUUUUCCAAUUGAAAUGGGAAAUUUACACUCUACCCCCAACUUCAUCAAAGAAAUCAAAUCCUACGACUCCUGUCUUGCCCAUGGGCGCUACGGAAUCGUCCUCAAGGCCAGUGAUGCAUCCAGAAAUAAGUCAGCAAUUAAAUUCCUGUUUCCCAUAGAAGACGACGAACAACCCCGCCUCCUCCUCCAGCAUGGCAGAGCAGCUGAGUUGGUCAAGCAUGAAAAUAUUGUACAAACCCUAAAUUUCGGGAGGAAAGUAUACACUCGCCGCAAAUUCAAAAUGUUACUUCAAAAAAUCCGUGACUCUUCCUACAUCUCAUUCGAACGGAUUGAGGAGCGAUUAAAAACAAAGAAAAAUGUGGAAACCUUCUGCAUUCAGAUGGAGCUAUGCGGGGAAAAUUUGUCACAAUGGUUAAAUCUGGUACGAGAAUCCGCCCCAACGCCACCUAUAUACUUCAAACAGAUGGAAAUCUGUAAAAAUUUGAUAGCCGGGUUGAAAUACCUGCAUGACAAAAACAUUGUCCACGGCGACUUAAAACCAGAGAACGUCAUGUUCACCGCGGAAUAUUUCAAGCUACCCGUAAAAUUGGGCGAUUUCGGUCACUCCCAAAAACCAUAUUCUGAAGAGUUGCAAAAUUCCCGAGAAGAAAAAUUUAAUGGAUCUAACGCAGACAGAGUUUCCCUUGGCUUAGUGAUGUGGCAAGUUGUACACUUAAUACAACCUUCCGACAGGGAUGAAUUACUUGAAAAGUUACAGAACCCUGAAGAAAUCCCAGUUGUCCUGGACCAUCCAGAUAUGCCAGGCGUUAAAAGCUUAAUUGAGGGCUUGACCAAGCAAGCCAUGAAUCUAAACGAGGCUCUGGAACUAACUGCGGCGUGGCCUCUCACGGCACAAUCGGGCCAAGAGCUCCUCCGUUGUCUAGCCAAAGUUAAGCCAGGGGGUAUAAUUUACCUGAGUGAAGGUUUUUACGAGGGAGAAUUCGUUCUCGAAAAAAAUGGCGUCACAAUCCAAGGACAAGGUUUCGGUACGGUCCUCCAAGGCAAGAAAAGCUAUGCUCUUUACGAGAAAGACUCCUCUUGUAUAAAAAUUGUCGGGGAUAACUGUACUCUCUCUGCGCUCGCCGUAUCCUCCGGAAACAAUGAACCAACCGGGGUAGAACUAAUUGGAUCAAGGAAUACCUUGAAAAACUUAAACGUAAGUGAGAAUUUCCACUCAAUCAAAGUUCAAGGCGACCACAACAUUUUAGAAAACUUAUCGAUUUCUGACACCCAUCAUGGAAUCUGGAUUGCCGGAAGCUUCAACAAGAUUCAAGGCUUGAACAUGGAAAAUGUGGGUUCUGAAGGGAUUCGUAUUUCCCGCGCUUCCUCGCAUAACAAGGCUACCAAUAUUACUGGAAUAAAUGUGGUUUGCGGUAUUCAAAUUCAUGGAGGAUAUAACGAAUUUUCAAAAAUUGUAGCCAUCAAGGCAAAGUUAAACGAAAAGUUUACCGCGAUUGAUUUUCUACCUGGUGCUUCGAACAACACUGUGGACGACGUGAUUACGGUAGGAUACCAACGGCCGAGGGGUGACUGGGUGGUGAAUAUCGAUUCGAGUAAUUCAACCGUCGGUAAUUGUCGCUGGAUCGGGGGUACUUUGGCAGUCCCUGUUUUAUCCACGGGGCACGAAUUGAUUCGAGUUUACAAGAAUGCGGAAAAUGUUAGGCUUGUAAACUGUAUCGGCGUGGAACUUAGCUCUUUGGACACGGAGAGACAGAAUUUGAUCACUACUGGUCACGCGACUGCGACAAGAACUUUCGAAGCAAAUGCGACCACGAUCAAAGAUAUGUUGGCGAGACCCUUGGCGAUUUUAAGUCUAGCAAGGGGAACUGGAGCAGCUGGGUACACUCUUGAUUUUGAUGAUGAUUACUCGGGCGGAGGAGGGGGAUGUGAUUCAGAUUAGAUUACUGGUUCUAAUUCAACAUAUGUAAAUAAAGUUGAGCUCCUGAAAUAAAAACAUAAUCCAUCCUCAAAAAUACACUAAUUGUUCAUAGAUAUCAUAAUUUUACGCAGAUGCCUGGUUUUGGUAAACUCCUUCACACGGAGCACCAAUGAAAUACCUUCAGAGGAUCAAACUUUUCUUAAUUUAAUCUUAUAAAUUUUUGUGGAUAUAUACAUAUCCGUAUUGAGUUUUAGAUGGGACUUCGAGAUAUAAAUAUAUGUACCUUGUACCUUAUACCUUGUACUCAGUUGUCCUAUCGUGAUCAUUCAUUUACAUAAAUGUUCAUUAGCCUUAACUUAACUUAUUAUUUGGAUGUGAAA